GAAAAAAGUUGUUUACCUGGAAAAGUACCCUUUUCUUUUAAAUCGCGUUCUUUCGCAAUACCUAGUUCCAAAAUUGAAAAAUCAAUACCCCGUGCAAAAUUCCCGUACCGUGUUCAUAAGGUUCUCACAACUGCGGGCCGGGGUGGUGACGGUGAGUGUUCGAGCGAUGGCAUCGAUCAACGAUCUCCCGAACGAGAUCCUGGAGUUUAUCUUUGGCCUGAUUCCGCCCUACCAGGAUCUGGAGCAGUGUGGCUCGGUUUGCAAACGGUGGGCUUCGCUGGCCAGAAAUGUACGAAUACGGAAGAAAGCGAUCCUGCAGAAGGGACUGAUGGAUUUCAAUCUCUGCUGGAGGCAGGAGAUCCUGAGUGGACAAACUCCGAGCAUAGCGGCCCGAUUUGCGCAUGCCAGCUCGGUCCAUCGGAAUUCGAUGUACGUAUUCGGAGGAGCUUCGUCCUACGAUACGACCUUCAACGAUUUGUGGCGGUUUGAUCUGAGCCGAAGGGAGUGGAUCCGACCAAUUUCGAUGGGCACAUACCCAUCACCGAAGGCGGGAGCUUCCUUGGUUUGCCAUAACGAUCUGCUGGUGCUGUUUGGUGGCUGGAGGCAUUCUUACACACCAUUCCAGAUGUGCACACUGUUCGAUGAGUUACAUGUGUAUAAUAUUGCCGAUAAUAGGUGGACUAUUCAUAAUUUGGCUUUUGGACCGCCACCAAUGACGGGUCACUCAGCUACGGUUCACCGCAACAAGAUGAUCGUCUUUGGAGGCUACCAAAAUACGAUGGAGAAUCUUGGGACUUCAAAUGAUAUCUGGGUCUUGGAUUUGGAGAAAUUGGCUUGGAAAAGGCCUACGGUUUCAGAUUUGAAGCCACCGGCUCGUUACGGUCAGUUUCAGAUGGCGAUCGGCGAGGAUCACAUACUAAUCCUGGGCGGAACCGGUGGAGUCAAUCGAAUAUUCAACGAUGCGUGGUUGCUGGAUAUGAGAAACGAUACAUGGCGUUGGCGGAACGUUCAAGUGAGGAACAAAAGAGGAACCGUCACUCACAACUGGAGUUACCCGGCAUGCAAUAUCGGAUCAAAGGUUAUUGUGUUAGGACCAACCUCCCCAAAUGAUUUCCAAAUCGUUCGACAGCACAGACCAGCGAACCAUGGUUUGCACCCACCGAAUCUCGGUAGAUCUCGCCCGCCCAAUGCCGGUGACCGAAAUCGAGCAGUUGAACCAAAUAUUCCACCACGACAGAAUCCAGUAAGGCCUCCACCGCCUCCACCACCGCUAGCCCCAGUAAUCCCUGCAAUUCCAGCUGUCCCAACACAAAAUCUUUCCCCUCGCGAACCCGAACCCCGACCAGGUCCAUCAAGAAUUCCUUCUCCAAAUCCUCCAGCCCAACCGGUCGCUGGUCCUUCCCGUUCAACACCGUCAAUCCGGAGCCCGCUCUACCGACAUCAACAGGACGACGAACGCAUGCUACCGAAACGCUUCAAUGAGGCUCCUUCCGAGCACGGUCACAUGGCGAUGGCUGCCUUUAGCGUCCCCCCAACCAACCCACCGCCUGUACAUGCCUCCCGGGAACGACAACUUGAACGGCUUCGUAAAAUGGAAGAGAAAAUCUCCGCCAUGCGAAGGGAUCAACGAGAACAGCAGGAACAUGCUGCCGCAGCAGCAACUGCUGCUAUUCGCAAUGCACUGCCACCUGCGUUGGAAGUGGCCCCAGUCACGCCAAAAAGAAUCAAACGAAAUGGCCUAGCAAUUUACGUUUGUGAUAUCUCGCAACUGCUCAGCAACGACGGCAAGGAACCGACUAUCGAGUGGCAGGAAACGAAGAACAGUGGCCUCAUUGCCGGAGCGCCCGACCAUUUCACCUUCUCGACCAUGGUGACUGGAAACGGCGAGCUGAUAGUGUUCGGUGGGCUCAACAAGAACCCGAAAUCGGAAAGCUCGAGCGUAACCAAUUCGGUUCACUUUUUGACGGUCCCAACGACGAUCGUGUGAACCCACAUAAGAAAGGACAUAAACCAUUGCGUGUGUUUGUAUGUUAUUUGCGCGCUUUGCUAAUUUUUAAUAAUUUUCUUAUGUGAUUGUAAAAUAUGAAAUGUAAAAUAAUGCUAACA